AUGAUUUUAACGAAACAAUUAAGUAGGGAUAUGGGGCUGAAGUGGAGAUUGACUGAAGAUCUGAUUUUUUCGUGUUUCGUGUUUUUGCAGUAUCAAAUAGCGGCUGAUAUGAAAAGGUACGGAAAGUACAAUCUAGUGUUUCCUGCUAUAGCCAUUUCAUAUCUGAUUCUGAAAACCAUCAUUAUACUGAUCAAAGAGUUUGAAAGGGAUGAUGAAAAGCCAAUCACAACAAUUGAUUUUCUGAAGCAGGCGAUCAUGAUUUCUCAUAUAUUUGUGUUUUUUAUUACGGUUAUAAUAAUCAACAACAAAGUAAGCUUGAAAGACAUUAGAGAAUGUGGCUUGAAGACGGUGGGUUCUGCACCUUUUAAAUGGCUUUUUAAUAAUAUAGGGCUAAACAAGAAUUAUGUGAAUUCUAAAGAAACAGAUAAGCUUAAGAACAGAUUUAAUGUCGAUCCUGGACUCAUGAUUAUUACACAGACUGCAUAUAUGUUCCUUACAGCGCAAUCUAUAAUCUUUGGCCAAAGUGCAGCAAUUUUUAUAGAAUUAGCUCGUGGUAUUUUUGGAUAUAUUACAAUAUCUAGAUUGAAAGAAUCUAAUGACUCAUAUGAUCAGAAUAGCUUUUUCAGUUGGGCAUAUCCUAUGUUUCCAACGAUCGCUUUAUUGGCAUUCAGGCUUGUGCAUCUGGUUAUUUUUAAAUCCUUUUUUGGCAUUGAUGGCUAUUUUGAAUCUAUUGUUAAAAAGAAACAGGCGAUUUUGAUUAUUCCUACUAUAUUCUGUACUGUAGUCGGAUGUGCAGGUCUAUUUUGGAUAUUAAAAAUCCAGAUGUUUAGCAUAAACGGAGCAUCUGGCACUGAAGGCAAGGGAUCAAUGUCUGAAUUGCUGGCAGAUACAGCUGCAAAGGUAACUGGGGAGGCAGCUGUAAAAAGUUUAUCAUAUAAUAUGAAUUCAUUUAGGAGAUUUUUUAAAUUUUGA